AUGGAAGAGACUCCAGAUUUAACUAUGGGAAAAGUUUGUUGUGAGCAAGGUAUACAAUUAAUGUGUCAAGGAAAGAUUUAUAAUGACCAUAACCAGAUCGUAGUCGCGCGUAAUAGUGGUUUAGUACAAAUUCUUGAUCCGUACAAAGAUGGUAAAAUGUUCAAAAUUUGCAAAGAAUUCACCGUUAAAGAGGUUGCUUCCGAUGCCCAUAAAAAGAAUAAAAAGUUUCCAUCGAAAUUUGUUGGUUUAUUCGCAAAUAAAAACGUCUUGGUGACAUGUGUUAGCAAUGGCAUUAUUCGGUAUCAACCCAUCAAUCCUGACGAUUCUAACAAUCCUACUAUAGAUAAAACCAUUGGUCACGAGUCGAAUUUGUGUUGUUUGAGAGUACAUCCAAAAGAAAAUAAUAUAUUUGCAUUGGGGGGAAGAGAACGUGAUUUGACUUUAUGGGAUGUAAACAGCAAUCCUACACCGAUUACAAAAAAUAAAGGAUCAAAGAACGGAAUAAUUUGGAAUGGGAAAAACAUAAAAAGUGACUUUGCAGAUUUGCGAGUUCCGAUCUGGAUUACUGAUAUACAAUUCUUAGACGAACAAAAUACAACAAAGAUUUUAACUGGAACGAAGUACCAUCAGAUACGAUUAUAUGAUGUUAAAACGCAACGUCGACCUGUGUUUGAAGCAAGCGUUGGCCAUAAGGCGGUGGUUUCGCUAAUCGUAGGGAGAAAUAAAAAUGAAGUCAUUUUUUCUGACACUGUUGGUAAUAUCUUUACUGUGGACCUUAGGAAUGCGAAAAAUGUAGGACAAUACAAAGGUUACCCCAAAGGCGAAUUCCGUGAUCAGAGGCAUCAAGUAUACCUAAAUCAUAAGCUUACACGCGUGUUGGUUGAUGAUGAAGAUGAAAAGCCAAUCGAGACAAUCGUUGAAGAGACAGCUAAUUUAGAUGAUAAUCGACCAACUGCGAAAAGAAGAAAAACUACUAGAAAAACUGCUGGCAAAUGA